AUGCUUAUAAGCAAUUUCUGCUUUUUCUUGAGCAAGUUUAAGUCCAGAACAAUCUUCAUUAGUUAUGCGAUCAAAGAUGAGCUCCGCAGAGAAACAUUGCAGCUAGCUAGAGAGAACUUAGACAAGGAGCUCAGAAACCAAGUGGGUACCAACAAUAACCAUAUUUUCCUCUGCAGAAUCAUCCGUACGAGUGAGCUCGCAACUGCGCAAGAAAAGCUCAAUGAGCUGGAAAGACAAAAGGAAGAGAUCCUCAAGUUCUACUCCCCUGGUUCUCUUCUUCUUAGACUUCAAGGACAACACCUCAUCGCAACACCUUCUGAGUAUUUUGCAGAGGCGAUGAAUCAGGUGGAUGAAGAAUCUGAAGCACUACAAGAGAAGUUCCUAGAAAAGGAGAUUGAUACAGCAGCAUUUGUGCAGAAAUACAAGAAGCUGCGUACCACGUAUCACAGACGAGCGUUAAUUCACCUCGCUGCUAAAACCACAACCCAUGGGUUGAAACUACUAAAGCUUGACACUGAGUUGAAUUCAUAA